CGCUGUGUGGAGUGGACCCUUGUAACGGUGGUGUGGAGCUAAGGGGAAGACUGUCUGGAUUAUUGAUACAGUAACUGAUCAAACAGCAGCAGGAUGACCAGCGCAGCUGUGUAUCCCCCUCCCUCCGCCCCUGCGGCCAACAUGUUUGGAAAUGUGCCCGGCUACGAAGGCACUGUGGCAGGAGGAGGAGGUUACCUGCCCCCUCCUAUGCCCAUGGAGCCCAUAGCCCCGCCCCAACCUGGCCCUGUACCUGAGGACUGGAACAUCCCCACUCUGUCAGAGGAUGUGGCUCGUGAGGCUUUCAAGAGCUUUGCGAAUUCUCAGUGCUGCUACAGUGAAAGUCCUGCCAAAGAUGGAGUCAUCACCGGCAUGGAGCCGUUCAACACCUACAGGUAUCGACUGGAGACGUUCACUGAGUCCAGGUCAACUGAGUGGGCCCACAAACCUCAUGAAGGUGAGCCGGCUGACUUCUACACCCAGACCGCCCCCCGGCCCUGGGAGAUCCAGGCCACCAAGACUCCCAGCCUCUUUAUUAAUCUCACAGAGGAGAUCCGCGUGCCCUACACCUCCUCCAUCCGGGAGUGCUUCAGCUGCCAUGCCACGGGGAUGAUGCCGUGCGAUGAGUGCCAGGGAAAUGGAAAACCAUGCUGGGUGUGUAACGGCACAGGAAUGAGGGAUAAUGAGAGCUGCUCUCGCUGCAAUGCUACAGGCAAAGACAACUGUAACAAGUGUGAUAAUCGGGGAACGAAGGAGUGUGAGACCUGUGAAGGAAAGCGACAGCUGCUGACCUACAUCCAGCUCAAAGUGGAGUGGACUAACAAUGUGGAGGACCACGUGAUCGAGCAGAACUCUGGUCUGAAGGUCGAUGAUCUUCGCUCAGUGAGCGGGAAGGAGCUGUUCAAGAACAACCAGUCUGUCUCUCUGUCUGUCUCCUCUCAGCUCUACCCACUGAUCGGCUUCCCAAACCCAGCCAUCUCUGAGGCCUCUGACCGUCUGAUCAGAGAACACCAAAGCAAGUACGCCCAGACCUCCAGGAUCCUGCAGCAGAGGCAGACGGUGGAGUUGAUCCCCAUCACCAAGGUCAACUACAAGUGGAAAGGCGACUCCCACGUCUACUACGUCUACGGCAACGAGAACCAAGUCAGCGCCGACAAUUACCCAGCAACCUGCUGCUGUGUCAUCCUGUAGACACACACACACACACACACACACACACCGUCUCAAACUACCAUUUUCUCUUUUUUUAUUUUAUUUUUUUUAAUCCAUGCCCUCCCUCCAGGACAACUUUUAACCAGUCACUGCACAGAUCUUUCUGGUGGUGCUCACUGGGAUCCCAAAGUAGUCAGGUCCCAGUGUUGUGGAGAAAUCUGCAUGUUAUAUGAACAAUAACACACACACAUUUAUUCGCUGUGAUGAAAACUGAAUUUAGAAAAUUGCCUGAAAUGAAUGCCAAACUGAAACUUCACAACAAAAGGGAGAGUAACAACUUUCUCAGUGCUGACAUUAAUAUUUGAUUAGUAAGUGCUCCACACUAACGAAACACUCCUGGAGGGAUUCAUCUGUUUCUCUUUGUGUUUCCAGAACUGUCCGUUCAGUUCAGACUCUACCUCCUUUUAGGACGCCGUGAUGCGCCACCAGGUGUCCUGAUGAGACAAAAUAAUAACCUUCAUAUCAAGAAUUAUACUUUAACUAGACAAAUCUUUCACAAGAGGAGAACUGAAUUGCUGGUAUCCAAAUUUAAGACUGAAAUAUUAUAGUUAAAUUGACCGUCUGUAUCUGAUUAUUGUCUCAGUGUGGACACCUGUGUCGGCCGUAAUGUCUCUGACACCAUGACCACUUACCAAAGAUAUUCUUCUGUUACAGUUUACUGAAAACACAUGCCAGUAUGUGCCAUUUGAUGUCCUCAGUAUUGCAUGGAAACCUCAUAUCUCCAAAUUAUAGCUUUUUUGAGAGCAAGCAGGAGUUUUAAUUUCUCCAGAUGUGAACAGAUCAGAUGAUAUGUAAGGGAGCUUUCACAUCAGGGACCAGGCCCAGAUCUGAGUACGCUUGACCCCAAAGUCCAGUUUGUUUGACUAGUGUGAACACUUUGUACUGUGUUUGUACUUUGUACUGCUAUUCAAUGUGACUACAAGGUGAUUUAACAAGUUAGGAAACAGUCUCAGUUUAAUACUGAUGCCUUAAGGCAGCCCAUCGCUGACAGACCUGGAUCUGGCCUCACUGUUCCCUUCAACCUGCAGUUGGAGAUCUGGAAGGAAGCGGAGAGCUCCAGUGCCUGACAGCAGCUGCUCUACCUCCAUGUGGGAACAGAGAUUUGCCUCGCUAGUUUACAUUUGACAGUCCUUGAGGCAGCAGUGCCUGUCUGCUGCAACCUUUUCUACGCUGUAGCAUAGCAAAAAUGUCACGUAAUGGCACUUGUGCUCAUAUAUUGCCUUACAAGGUGAACUGUACAGGGUGCCACCCGCUACUCAGUUAAACAUUUACAUGCGCUCACACACUGGUGCUCUUACUUACGCAAUUUGGGAAUCAGUGUCUUGCCCAAGGAUGCUUUGACGUGCAGCUUAUAGCAGCUGGGGAUCGAACGGCCAACUUUCCAACUAGUGGAUGACCCACUCUACCUCCUGAGCCACUGCCGCCCCGCAGGUGAUGACUCUGCAAGUGUAGUCAGGUACAAAACGUUACUAAUGUGAAUGCUGAGCAGCAAGGGAGUGGGUGGGGAGGGAAAUCAAACUCGGGGACAGUUUGAAUCAAUCGUAGCAUGUAUGAAAACGCCUUGAAAAGCCAGUCACAUGUGGGGGGCAAUUUAAAAAAGGAGAUAUGAAGUUUUCAUCUCACUGAGGUUACAUUUAUGAUGAGUGCUGUGUGAUAUUGCAUUUGUGUGCGAUCAGGUGACGGGGGGAGUGACCUGCUGCUCUGUGUGGGAAGCAGAAACACAGUUCAAUAACAAAAGAAUGUGGUUCACCUGGUUUCUACCUGAGCUCUUCUCUCUGUGGUUUAAUGUUACAUGAAGGUAGAAACCACUCCAGUGUUUAAACUGCUGAGAUCAGACGCUUCAACACAAACACAACGAGGCUGUUGUGACUCCAGUAACAAAAGCCUUUGUUUGUCUGAAGGACGGGUCACACCAGGAAGUGUUGAAGCAAAAUUCGUCCCUGUCUUCGCUAAAUGUUUUGGUCUAGAAGCUCGGUGAUGUACUGACUGCUUACAGGAUGAGCUGGUGAACCACUGUAGCUGCAUGGCAUGCUAACUACUAACACGCCAGUGCUGAUCAGACACAAUAAUGCUUCUUUCUAUUUCUCUGUACUGGAUGUUUUUUCUCUUGCAUUUUGUCCUCGGGAUUGUAAAUCAUUUCUUUCAUUAAAGAGCUGUUGUUAGCGAGUUAGUUAGCUCAGUCGCUAACAGGACAAUAAACUCAGACAGUUUAAAAAGUGACCAAGGGAGCAGGUUUCACCUCAACAUUAGGAGGGACACAUAUUAAGCAGAGAGUAUGGGGGUUCUCCCCCAGGACAUUUUGAGCAUCAACGUUUUAUUUUCUGCAUUCUGGUGAUUUUUAUGCACCAAUUUAUGGUGUAAAUGUCUUUAUUAAUGUAAAAAAAAAAUCAGGCUCUUUGUAACAGUUCAAAAUAUAAAAAUAGACUGUAAUGGAAUUUAAUGCAGUGAGGCUCUUAGGCAUCUGUAUUGCUUUCAAAUAUGUCUGCUCUUGUAGAUCAACUUCUAAUUUAACAUAGUCCCUGUUGAGUCACCACACAUGUUGGCAGAGUUUACAUUUCUGUCCAGUGUCUCUUGGUUGGGGAAGUAAAAUGUGCACAUGGCACCUUGUUACAGAGAUAUUUAUGCUCAUGUCAAAAGUUCCUGCACAUUCAAAACACAUCCCACGUAUUUGUGUUCUCUGAGAAGCCAAGAAAAAAGUUGUGAUACUAUGAAAAUACAAUAUUAUAUAAUAUAUUAUAACAUAAUAUGAUAUAAUAUAAUAUAAUAUAAUAUAAUAUAAUGUAAUAAACUGCAAUUUAGCCAUAAUAAAGCCAAAAUGUUUCAAGAAAAAAAGAAUCUACCUGCCCUGUCGUCCGCUGUGUAUUAUGAUGAUGGUAUCCCCAUUUGGGAGGCAAAGUUUAAGCCACCGUCCGCUGCUCCUCAUCAGACGAGAAAUAUUGAAACUACCUGAAACAUUUCUCAUCAGGCUGAAUCAGUACAAGGCACGAUUUGUCCCAUAUUUUCAUGCACAGAGCUGUUACAGUGGCGAUACUCCAAACAAGUUCACUCAAAUAUUGUUAGGGACAUUUCUGUCCUCCUAAGAUAUUGGUCGGGACACGUCCCUUUCAUCCAUAUGCAAACACUUGGUUCACAUAAGCAUUUUAGCACUGUUGCAGAAAUAAUCUCCGUCCACACUAACACACCUGAGAACGCCUAUCACAUGAUCAUUUACGUAUACUGGGCAUGUGCAUAACAAUGUAAACAGGAAGUAGAUCGUCUACUUUGCAGUUGGUUGCUUAGUUACAGAUAAUAGUACUACGGAGAUGGCGAAAAGUAAGACCAGAAAUUUUUUUGCUUGGAGCAAUGAUAAGGUGGAACUGUAAAUGAAAGUAACAUAUGAGUAUAAGGUGGUCUAGGUGGUCAGUGAUUAUAUCUGGGUGGCUGUGCCCCCCCUGGCCACCCCUUGGUGGCACCACUGACAGUGUGAAGUGUCAGGAACAAGAAGCAUUAAAUAAACUAAAGUUUGUCACAUUCAGCCAUUAAAGAAAUGGCAAAGAAAACUCUGAUAUUUUAAGAAGCAAUGACAUCAUAACACUAUUAUAAAUAUUAAGCUUCGCCAAGCGCUUAAUGUUUCCUGUCCUGUGUGAGGUCCAUAAAAGCCUCUAAGACUGUUUCUCUGUCUCUUUGACUCUCAGCCAAUCACCUCUUAUUCUGUGAAGCUGCCUCGCUGAAGGGCAUUCUGGGUAGGAAACUUUACUGAGCCGACAGCUGAAAUAUCCACGUAGCAACCCGAAACAUGUAUCUCCAGUGCUUGUGAUUACUUUAUACCUUUCAAUGAGCUAUGAUCAUUUUUUACAACUUUUAGCCUCGUCUAAAGUCUAGUCAAUCUCUUUGGUGCUUUCACAAAAUGCUGUUCGGCUCUGUUAGACCUUAAAUACUUUUGGUGAUUUAUGUUUUCCACCUGAUAACAGCUGUAUCAUAAAGCAACUGUCAGAUCUCAGUACAGUGUUUGAGACUUGCAGCUGCACCAGAAAUACAAAAAAAAGGUUUGUACAUAACUGCAACAUCGUCAUAGCAACUAAUUCAAAACCCCUCAUGAUCCACGUGGAUCAGAAGACAUAAAUGUAUUCAUUAAAAACACAAAUACAGAUUGAAAUGUGUCAGAGUCUUGCUCUGGUCCUCUUGAAUAUAUUAAUAAUAUAUGUUGUUGAUGAAAAAGAAAAUAUUUUUUAUUUUGACCAAAUUGCAAAAAAAGCUGCAAAGAUUAACUUGAAUUUACUAUUGAACAUAAGCUGACAUCAACAUUUAACGUCAGAACACAAAUACACAGCCUGCCCCUUUAAACGGCCCUCCUGCAGUACAGCAGACCUCCUAUAGAGGGCGUGUGGGCAUCACUAUGCUGACUGCUUUCAGUUUAACCAGUUUACCUGUGACAUAAAGGACAAAGCCACUUCAGGUUUACAGGUUUUAUUAUGUAAAUGGCCAUAUAUUUUUCAUAUAUUUAUAUUUAUGUAACCACAUAUAUUAGCUGAUUUAAAUAUUCCUUCCAUUCUGCAUUUGAUAAUAUCUAUGCUGCUUAUUGUUUAUCUUUGGUGGUUGAUUCUUUAAGCUGUUAUUUUUUUUCUGUUGUCUGCGCAACACUUUUCAGCAGUCUGUAAAUUUUCAGAGCUUUCAUGAACUCCAAGUUAAAGUGACUCUGGCUGUGUCCGAAAUUCCGUCCUAACAUGCUAUUUAGUUUUGUUUGAAACCUUAGUACACAAAUUGCAUCUGAUUUCUGAUUUCCACCCACCCAUACCCUUAAAGCUCAGUACCAGAACCGACCCGUCAUUAAGUCUAAGUCAAAGCCACACCCACCCACACCCGUUAAUAAUAGUCCUGCGACCUGACCAACACCCAUGAUUAAACACACAGAGGCUACAGUCCCUCAUAUUAAGCUAAGUCCUCUGUUCUUGAAUUACAAAUCCAGUGGAGGAGAAGUCUCUUUCAUUGGCUGCAGUCAUUGCUGGGAUGGUGACAUUUUGUGCAAUCACUGCAGGUUAGGAAACAUUUUAGCAUGCUCGUCCCACCACCACCAUAAAACCUCAAAAGGAUCAUCCUUGGGUGUCUUGAACUUGAUGUAGGUUGUCAACUCAACUUCAGGCUGCAAAGUUUCACCGCUUGAGUCCUCCAUGUUUGUGACGAAUGUGAAGACGAGGUCGAAGGUUCAACUUGUGUCACUGACUAUGAAAAUAAAAGGAAUUGCAGCUUGAUAAUAAUAGUGGGUUAGAUGCCGGGUAUCUAACUGCGCCCGGGGGCGUCAGGGGGAAACAGCGUGACAAGGACAAAAGUCUAGGCGGUGAAAGUCCAACUAUGGCGGGCGGGAGAGGUGGUGAAUGGGUCCAACAAACACUGACUUUCGCCCAAGAAAGCAGUGUUCAUGUCCCGUAAGAUUCUAAAGCCAAACCUUGUUCUUUUUUCCUAAACCCAACCACAUGUGUUUGUUGUUGAAGGAAAAAAAAACGUCAAUUUGGGGUGUUGUACCAACGUAGUGCGUUUAUUUUGAAAGAGACUGUAUGUAAACAGUCAAUUUCCUGUGAAAACGUAAGUGUAUUUUGAAAGAAAACAAUGCAUGUAACAGGCAGAACUUGACAUGGCGUCCAGGAACGUUAACAACCAAAGCACCCAGGGUACCUUGUGCGUCGUAUUGGGACGUGGAAGUCCAUGACCAAUUAUCAGUAGAUGACAGUGUUCAUAACAGAUGAUGGUGGACAGUCACCAAAACACCUCUGUACCGUCAAUAGCACUUAAAUUUAAAUGUAAGAUUGCACUUUGCCAAGCGAAAUAUAUUUUUAAAUCAUCAUUUUAAAUUGCUGGUAGAGCUGAAGUUGGCAUGGGUUAUCACGGUAAUGCGUCUCUAACCGGCAAGGCUCACAGGAAGUAACGUGGUUAUUACGGCUCAGUGCUUCCAAAAAGACACAUACUACUGUUUAUGUACACAAAAGUAUAUUUAAGGCUUGUAGGCUACACAUACUGAGUAUGUCGUGCGUAGCGUGUGGUUUCGGACGCAGCGUCUGCUUUUUAUUGUCUCAAAAUAAAGUGUUGCUGCUGGAAAGUGAUGAAGCUUUUAUUGGGUGGAAUGCUCCUGUAUCUGCAAUGGAAAUGCCUUAAAACAACACUGUGACUAACAAACAUCUCUGCUACUAACCUGAUGGACCUGAUACUGUUAUUACUCUGCUAGUACUCAGUAAUACUCUGUUACAGUAGAUUAUUCAUAACAUGUUCCUGUUAAAGAUGGAAAUAAACUCAGAGACUCA